AUGCCUCCUGCUAUGUUUGAUGAACUGCUUAAUUCGCUGUCUCCUAGACUUACCUGGAAAGACACCAACUUCAGGUUAGCUCUGCACCCUUGUCUGUUAGCAGUUAGCAGUUACCAUAAGACACCUAGCCUCUGGAGACAAGCACCCCUCCCACUCAGAGUGUCAAGACAUCCCAAAGCCAUCUUUCUCCUAAAGGUAUGCCAAGCCAUCGUAGACCACUACAAGGAUACAGUGAUUGCAUGUCCUGUCACUCAAGGGGAUUGGAAGAUCAUCUCUCUGGAAUUCGAGCUGAGAAGGAAUCUCGCUCAUGCUGUUGCUGCCCUCGAUGGAAAACACAUCGCGAUUCGUAAGCCACAUGGUAGUGGAAGCCUCUACCACAACUACAAGGGUUUCUUCUCCAUUGUCCUGUUGGCCCUUGUAGAUGCUAAUUACAGAUUUCUGUGGGUGGACGUCGGAGGCCUGGGUCAUAUGUCAGAUGCACAAAUCUUCAAUGCCGCAGAGUCGAAGGAGUGUAAAGAAAAUGACAACAUAUGCUUGCCCAAACCUGAACCAUUGCCAAAUAGUGAUCUGGAUAUGCCUUACUUCAUACUUGCAGAUGAUGCAUUUGCCCUUCGUCAAAUGAAACCCUACUCAAGAAGAGGUCUGUCAGAAGCUGAACUGAUUGCCAACUACAGGAUCUCCAGUGCAAGGAGAGUCGUAGACUAA